AUGCGCGGUAAGAUCAACGUUUCCGGAGUUUUGUUCGAAUUCGACGGCAAAGUGCUGGAGAACUUUCCCCACCACACACUGGUCGAUUUAUUUCCGCCGGCAGAAUCCGUCGGCAACCGAGCGGAAGUGUUUGUCGGCCGUUCGGCGGAGACGUUUGCCGCCAUCUUGGGGUACUACCAGACCGGGGAGCUCCACAUGCCGACUACUGUGUGUCCUCAGGCGUUCCGUCGAGAACUGGAUUUCUGGAAAGUCCCUGUUGAAGAUAUGCAGACCUGCUGUUCUUACAGAUACUACGGCUUCUUCGACGCGUUUGAAACCCACCAAGAAUUCAAGAUGGCGUCGCAGAAGGAAGAACGAGAGCAACAGUCACUCCCGGUUGAAUCGGGAAACUCGAAAGUGGGGAAUUUCAAGGGCCGAGUUUGGAACGUUAUCGAUAACAGAACGCCGACGUUGGCGUCAAAGGUCUACCUGGUGAUAGCGUUCCUGAUGAUUCUGCUCUGCAUUUUCGUCACAGCCCUCAGCACAGAGCCUCGAUUUCAAAGGAAACUGACGAAAUGUGAGAUGCUGGAAUACCUAGAUGUUACCAAAAACCAGUACGCGGCAAAAAUCAGCAAACAUUUCAAUGGAACUGACUGUAAUCAAGGAUCGGUAUUCGAAUAUCAUGACGAUGAUUAUUUUGAUGAUGAUGACUACGCCUUAGUCGAAAAGUUGGAGAAUGAAACCAACAAAACCAGUAAGAUAUCGUUACGAACGCUUUAUAGAAGGAUGGCGGUAUUUGAUAUUCUAGAAUAUAUAACGACAGCUUUCUUCACGCUGGAUUUCGUCAUGCGCCUCUUGACGUGCCCGAGUAUAAGGCAGUAUUGUACGAGCGUUAUGACCUGGAUCGACAUCAUCGCUCUUGCUGGGUACUACGUUCACCUCGCGAUCACAGCAUCGUACAAGGAGCACAUCUACAAUGACGGGUGGAUCAAAGCGGUCAACUACUUGCAAGUAUUCAGAAUUCUUCGUUUGUUUCGCGUCGUUAGAAAUGUCCGCGCUAGUCGCGUACUGAAAUUCUCCUUGCGCCAGAACUUAAGGGACUUGACCUUACUCGCCAUGUUACUACUAGUAGCCGUGAGCGUUAGCGCGAGUUUGAUCUACUUCAUGGAACCUCGAGAUAGAAUCGAGUCUAUUUCAAGCGGAGCUUAUUGGGCCGUGAUCACGCUGACCACGGUGGGAUACGGUGACGUCACACCGGUCACUGGCGCCGGGCGCGUGCUGGCCUCAAUAAUGGCGAUUUGUGGAGUUCUGUUGCUGUCGAUCACCCUGCCGAUGUUUGUGAACAACUUUCUGACUUUAUACCAAUACACCAAUCUCGACGAGUACAUCGAUAACAAACGACAGACCAGAAUGAAACUGACAGAGUCCGUGGAUGCAAUCUCUGUCAUCAACGUUUUAGAGCACUCUCAUCAGUCUCAUCAUGAGACGCUUUUUGAGAAGGACAAGCUCUCGGGUGACCAUACCAUCGAAAUAAACGCGUAUGGUAACAGUACCAUACCUGGAACAAUAACCACAGCUGGAGUAGCCACGGCUGGUAGAGCUGACAGCAUACAGAAAUGUGCUAGUACUUCACGUGGUCAGAGGGCCCACCAAGUGAUGAUGAGAGACGGUGAUUUAAACACUAUUUUUGAACACGAAAACCAUGUAUGGCCCCCAUCUAUAGAAAACAAUAACAAGAUGAGACUAGGAAGUAAAGCAGAACUACUGAAGUGUCGAGAAAAAGAAGAGGAAUCGCCAGAGAUGAGUCCUCCUGUAGAGGUUAGCAUACUUGAUGGUGCUGCCAUUGUUCAGUCCCUGGAUCCCAACAGAUGCAUCAUUUUAAAGUUCAACUCAGAGCUUAUCCUGGCAUGUCCAGGCGCGGGGAAUUUUGAUUAG